AUGUCCGCUCUCGCCGGCCUCUCCUCGCCCACAGCGGCGUCGAUGCCUUGGCGGGGCACCGAACUGCAGCCGCGCAUCGAGCCUCGGCGAAGCGACGAGCCCCCGGCGGCGCGUCGAUGCCGUGGCGAGGAGUGGAGGCACUCGCUGCUCCUGCUCCUGCUCCUGAUCUGCUCGCACCAGUGCCUGUUCGUUUCCACCGCCACUAUCGCCGCUCCUGCAUGUGGGCUGCAGGCGGGGCUCCUGGUCCAACUGCCCGCCGCCGCUUCUUGUCCUCCACCACUUUUGGUCCUGGAGCCUAGCGACCCGGUCCGCUCUUUUUGCCUUGGUCUCCUCUCCUCCACGGCCUUUCAUCUCGCCCUUCCAUUUGCCAGGAUUAGGCAGCUCCGAGGUUGCAGUGAUGGACCAACCGCAGCGCCCGUGUGGUUCGCCGACGACGACCCACGGCCGGCCGUGACCGACUGGUGGCAGUGGACAAAGCGAGAGAGCAUCAUUUGCAGCCUGGAAGGAAGGCUCGGAAGCAUUAGUUGUGUCGUGGGCUCGUGGCUCCCAUUUUCUCUCUCUGCUUCAACCUUUUCCAUUCAUGCUGGUUUCUCCGCCCGAUGGAGACGAGGAUUCUCGCAUCAGCAGAGGCGUCGGGAUCUCUCCCGGGGCUCGCCAAGUCGCCGUGGCCUCCUCUUCGCUCGUGUUGAGGACGAAGAACUGCUCAGCCCAUGGGCUGAAUAUACACGUCACGAAUCGCCGCGCAGCCCAAAGCUAAAGGCCCCCCCGCCGUGGAGGUCUCCGCCCAACCUGCUGCCACCCCCUCCCUACCCCCAACGCCAGCACGCCGCCGGCGAGCCGUCGGCGAUGGGCUACAACCAGGGCCUGCCUCCCCACGGCUCCUCCUGGCCGCCGCAGACGUCCUACUACGACCCGUGCUCCUACGCCUACGCCUACGCCCACCACGACGCCGCCGCUGCCGCAUCUGCGCCACCCUACUACCACCAGCUGCCCCCUCCGGGCACCGAGCGCGCCGCUCCGCCCACCGCCUCCUCCUCCUUCUCCUUGUCUGCCGCGGAUGCAUCGUACCACGCGGUUGGCGGAGGGACGAACCCUUCCGCCGUCGCCGCGCCGUCGCAGCCGACCAGCUUCGCCGCCUCGAUGGGGGCGCCCGAGCGCGGCGUGGGACACCAGCCCUACUACGCCCCGCUGUACCCGCCGGCGCAGCGUCGCGCCGCGGUUGGUGGUAUACGGGCACUGUGGGAUCCAAGCGUAGGUGUUGAGCCUUCACAUGGUGGGGGCAGAGGUCAAGGAAGCUCUGUGCAUCAUCCUCCUAUGUCGAUUGUAGGAGUUCCUUCACUACGCGGUAGAGGGAGAGGACGAGGAAGAGGGCGUGGCAGAAGUGGUAGGCAGUUUGCAAUUCGUGCACCUGCUGGAUCAUCUGCAGCAGCACAGGUACAAGAUGCAGUGCAAGUUAAAACUGCCAAUAUAGCACGGGGUCCUGUCCUUCCAGCUGCUUGGUGUGAUAUAUGUCGAGUUGAAUGUAAUAGCAAGGAAAUUCUUGAGAAGCACGAGAAUGGAAAGAGACAUAAGCGGACUGUGCAGAGAAUGCAAGAUAUGGCUCAGAUGCAAGGUAUGACUCCAGUUAUACCUGGCAUGGUCAAGCCAGCGUCUCAAGUUGGUGGGUUACCUGCAACCUCUACUCAGUUGGCUGAAGUAAAAGGCUCCUCUACUGUGCUGCAUAUGGUCCCAGCUCUGGGUUCAUCCAGCCUUGGUGGUGGCGAGCACAAAUACUUGGCUCCUGAAAAUGUUAUACCUACAGUUGCCGGAGUACUAGUUUCUGAAGCAACAGGCAAUUCUUCGCUGCAAAAUACAGUGCCUGCUACAACAGCAGUUGGUCACAGUGUUGAAGCACAGGUAGAAUUGCAUGAGCCUUCAAAUGAGAUGAAAGAUGGCAGUGAAGCUCCACCUUCUUAUACAACAGGUCCAUCAGAUACACAAUUUGUGGAAGCAAGGAUGGAUAGCAACGGCAACAGGAAUGGUUCAAAGCGAAAGAUGACAGGAGCUGACCGUGGUGUAAAGAAGUUUAGAGCGUCCCAAGCCCCACGCCGAAGGCAUGAGAGAGUAAGGGAGCAGCCGUUAGUCUGCACUCUUUGCAAUGUGACAUGUGAUACAAGAGCGGUAUUUGACAUCCAUCUGGGUGGCAAAAAGCAUCAGUCAUGGCUCAAGCGUUCGCAAGGCCCAGACACAGUGUUCGGUCCCUUGGUUAUGUAUAUUCAUCCAAACCAGCCCGUAGCGCAUACAACAGAAGCUCCAGAGCCACUGUAUUAUGGCCUUAAGACUCGCGACAUGGUUAAGCAGGACGCUUAUCUGCUUGGUGCGAUGCAACACACAUUUCCUGUUGUUCCACAGGCUGGUCAAACCAUGACGGCUACUGAAAGUGCUCAAGCAACGUCAGAUGCAACCUAUGCUGUGCAACCUAUGGCUGGGGCAAUGGAUGCUGCUGAGAAGUCUGGCCCUGGAAUCAAGCAGGUUGGCGAUGGCGGACCAGUAACUGCAUCAUUGGGUACUGCCACUGUGGAAGCUGAUGCAAAAUAGGCACCUGCCCCUGCCAACUCUGUCGAUAGUCGAUACUGCCUUACAAGUUCCAAUGCGUUUUGAUGGACAGCAGUCGGCGUGCCUGAGAUGUCAAGUUCUCAGUCUUCUUCCUAGUUUCUGCAAGUUUCCAUGCCUCCAUGGACUCAGGAAAAAUGAACACGAGACCCCUUCUUACACGUCUUACUGAGUUUCUGAUUGUAUAUAAUACUGAGCAAUCUGAAGAACAAUUUGGUGGCAUAGCCUUGUGUUGUCCAUGGUGCAUGGCUGCCCGGUUUGAGUGGUCUGGACGUCAACGGUGUGAAUAAAAGUUUCCACGAACGUUCAAAUCCAUUACUUAUUA